GGAAAUAGUAAUCUCAUUUCGAAUUUAUGUAUGUCCCAAUCUGAUUAGAAUUUCUUCCCAACAAAAUGUCUAUUAAAAAAAUCGAUUACUCACUUUAUCUCGUCACUGAUCGCUCCCUUGUCCCUGAGGGAAAAACUUUCCUUGGUCAAAUCGAAAGAGCACUCGAAGGUGGUGUUACCCUUGUCCAGCUACGUGAAAAGGACACCGAGACAGGUCCCUUUAUUGACUUUGCUUACAAGGUCAAAGAGUUAACUCGCAAAUAUGGUGUUCCUCUUAUCAUUAAUGAUCGUCUUGAUGUUGCUCAAGCUGUUGAUGCCGAGGGUGUCCAUAUUGGCCAAGAUGAUAUGCCUUUAGUUCAAGCACGUCAAAUUUUAGGCCCUAAAAAGAUUAUUGGCGUCUCUUGCAAUACUGCAGAAGAAGCUUUCAUUGCCAUUCGUGAUGGUGCCGAUUAUCUCGGUAUUGGUGCAGUUUGGUUUACCUCUACUAAAAAGAACAUUAAGAAGCCAUUAGAAAUUGAAGGAUUGAAAAGAAUUCUGAAGUCAAUGGAAACCAAUCCUAUUCCUACUGUUGCCAUUGGUGGCAUCGGUGCUUCCAAUGCCUGUAAAUUAAUUGAAGAAUCGGACACUGGUAACAUUCACCUCGAUGGUCUUGCCAUUGUUUCUGCCAUCAUGGCUGCCGAAGAUCCCAAGGUUGCCUGCGAGGAAUUAUCUACUUUAAUUCGUAAAAGUUUAGCCGUCGUCGGCGUUAAGGCUAACGAUACAGUUGAAGAUGCCCUCAAGUAUGCUGUCCAAGCUACAAAAAAUAUCAAGACCAUGACUCCCAUGGUUCAUCAUAUUACUAACUAUGUUGUUAUUAAUGAUAAUGCCAAUGCAACCUUGGCUGUCGGUGCAUCACCUAUUAUGUCUACUAACCGCCAAGAGCUUAAGGAGCUUGCAGCAGUAAAUGGUGCCAUGCUGCUGAACAUGGGAACUUUGAACGAUGUUGACACAAUGAUUUUAGCAGCACAGGAAAACGCACGCAAUAAAAAUCCUGUCGUGUUAGAUCCUGUCGGAUGUGGAGCAACCACGUUCAGAAGAGAAACUAUGCAAAGAUUUUUGACCGAAUGUGAUCUUACCGUCAUAAAGGGUAACGCAGGCGAGAUCCUGUCAUUAGCAGGUCUUGGAGGGAAAUCUAGAGGCGUUGAUUCGAUAGGAAAUGAUAAUGAGCAAGUCAUGGUGGAUGCUGUGAAAUUGCUUGCUAAACAAAAUAACUGUGUUAUUGGUUUAACCGGUGCUACAGAUUACAUUUCAGAUGGCGUGCGCGUGUUUGCUAUUGAAAACGGCGAUGCAUUAUUGCCAAUGAUUACAGGUAGUGGCUGCAUGGUCUCCUCUGUCGUCGCUUGUUAUGCUGCCGCCAACCGUGACGAUUAUCUCUUGGCCACUGUUGCUGGUAUUCUUACUGUUACCAUUGCAUCAGAAAUUGCCGCUGCUCGUGAAUAUGUGAAUGGACCUGGUACUUUCCGUGCCGCAUUGAUUGAUGAGUUGUAUAACCUUACAAGCUCACCAGAGCUCAUCAUGCAAAAGGCUAAACUUCGUGUCAUUAUGUAAUGUGCAUCAUUAUUUCCCUCGUAACUUCUACCCUUCUUUUUUGUAUAAAAUUACUUUCUAUAACACGUUUAUGAGUAAUUUAUAAAACAACUGACACCAUAAAAAUCAAGGAAUGCUUCAACAUUCAUUUUUGACAAUCUGUCAAGCCAGGAGAAUCCUUUCGUUUUUUACAGGGGAUGAAUAGACACGCCUCGGUACAACAUUUUUAUCUUGAUGUCUAAUAAUACAUUGCAUAUACCAUUACAACAGUCGUCUAAUAGGGGGAACGAAACACAUACUGCAUCGUUUUA